AUGGAGGCAUCGUCUAAAACAACUUCACCUCAAAAUGCUUUAUUCGCAACCCUUUACGUGGGUGAAUCGGCAUUUGGUCUGUACGCCAUGGAUGUAUUGGUCGACAAGCACACCAUCACUUAUGCACCAAAAUAUCUUGGCCCUCCGCUACUUGAAGGACCUAGUCCUAUAGCUCUAUCGGAAGAGGAAAAGGCAAAGUUCAUCCCUCCAUCGAGACCGAUAAUCACCAUUGAUGUGCCUGCAAUCACCCACAAGACAACUGAUGGGGAAUUCCUGCUGUUAGGAUACCAUGAAAGGCCUAUGGUCGAUCUGGGAGCGAUUUUACCAAUUCGUUUCUCAAAUACACCAUCAUUCCCUCAUAUAGUCUACAAGCCAGACAAUUCUGAUUCAAACCAGGUAUCAUUGUCACGAAUGGAAACGUUGGAAAAUAGCUUAGUUGGAAUGCUGUUGGAGAUCUACAUACACCAUCCGGUUGCAUUCUUUUCGGCCCUUUUCACCCUUCUGGCAUUGGCUGUUACGGUGGUCUGGAUGUGCGGCAAACAGUCUGGUGUUGCAUUGGUUACCGGUGAGGCUCGAAGUGCUCAAACAUCACGACAGUCAAAUUCGGCAACAAAUUGGGUUUUCACUAGGAAUGAAGAGGUAGAAGAUGGCUGGAUGAAAGUCGGAAAACUACUUUAUAAUCCUUCAGAGAUCCUAGGCCGUGGUUGUGAAGGAACCGUCGUCUAUAGAGGAAAAUUUGAUGGCCGAGAUGUAGCUGUGAAACGAGUGGUCUCCGAGUUUGUACGACUCGUCGAUCGAGAAGCUGAUUUACUACGGGAAAGCGAUGCUCAUCCUAACGUUAUUCGAUAUUUUUGCAUGGAAUCUGAUAGUCAAUUCCGAUAUCUGGCUCUGGAAUUAUGUGUAGCAUCGUUAAACGAUUAUGUUCAUGAAAGUGCUGUCCGGGAAAAGAUUGCUAUCGAUCCUACUGAGCUACUCCAUCAAGCAACAGAGGGUCUUGCUCAUUUACAUAUCAUGCAGAUAGUACACAGAGAUAUGAAACCUCAAAACGUGCUACUGUCCACUGCGGGUACACGAGGCGUACGGGCGGUCAUUUCCGAUUUUGGCCUCUGCAAGCGUGUUCAACCGGGUCGCCAGUCUUUGUCGAAAAGGAGCGGACUUGCGGGGACGGACGGUUGGAUUGCUCCUGAGGCUCUCACAUCUCAGAGCACGAGUUUUCCUGUUGAUGUGUUUUCCCUUGGAUGCAUUUUCUACUACGUUUUGUCCGACGGUAAUCAUCCAUUUGGCGAUAGUUUGCAUAGGCAAACAAAUAUAAUCAAUGGAGACUAUGUGCUUCGUGAAAUUAAAGAAGAUGUGAACGUUAGCGUUUCCUUGAUCGAAUCAAUGAUCCAAAAAGUACCGACAGAACGACCAUCUAUUCAAUGUGUUCUGGCUCAUCCAUUCUUUUGGGAACCUGAAAGGCGGUUGCAGUUUUUCGGAGAUGUAUCUGAUCGAAUAGAAAAGGAAGACGAUUCGAGUACGGUUGUACGUCGGUUAGAAAGGAAUGCUCGCACCGUUGUUGAGGGAAAUUGGCGCAACAACAUCUGUGGACCACUGGCUGCCGACCUAAGGAAGUUCCGAACAUAUAAGGGGCACUCGGUGAGAGAUCUUUUACGCGCCAUGCGUAACAAAAAACAUCAUUAUCGGGAGCUACCCGAAGAAGUUCGUACAUCUCUGGGCAAAAUUCCCGAAGAGUUCCUGUAUUACUUCACGUCACGCUUUCCACUGUUACUGCUUCAUACUUACGUCGCAAUGGAGUGGUGCGCCGAUGAAGCCAUAUUCAAAGGAUACUACCCGAACGAGGUGAGGUGUAGUCCUGGUUGCUUUAAAUUACAUGGCGCCAAUGAAUAUGUGGGGGAACUUUUUCAUCCUAAGACCAAGCUGACUCUAACCCGUGAGAAGACUGUCUUGUGCAUGAAAACGUUUCGUAAUAGUUGUUUUAAGGAUGUAUCUGAUCGAAUAGAAAAGGAAGAUGAUACGAGUACGGUUGUACGUCGGUUAGAAAGGAAUGCUCGCACUAUUGUCGAGGGAAAUUGGCGCAACAACAUCUGUGGACCUCUGGCUGCCGGUUGGCUUCUUUCCUUUACGAGGUUCCAGAAUAAGCUUUGA